AUGAGCAUGAAUAACCUUAACUUCGAUGACCAAUACGGGAUUUUGAGAACAUUUUCUGAUUCAAUGCCAACUCAUUACACGUUCAAAAUACAGUUGUUUUCAUUGAUGUCCAAACAUUCACUGAAGAGAUAUGAAUCGGAGGACUUUGAAGCUGGAGGAUACAAAUGGAAACUGGCUUUUUAUCCAAAUGGAAACAAGAGCAAGAAUGUGAAAGAGCACAUCUCUCUUUACUUAGUAUUGGCUGGAGCAAAUGGCCCCCAGACCUGUUGGGAAGUGUAUGCUGCUUUCAGGUUGUUUCUACUUGAUCAGAACAAUGGCAAGUACUUGGCUCUUCAAGAACAAAAGGAAAGGUGCUUCCAUGGGAUUAAGCUUGACUGGGGAUUUGAUCAAUUUCUCUCUCAAAAAGAUUUCACUGAUGCUUCCAAUGGAUUUCUUGUGGAUGACGCCUGUGUGUUUGGAGCAGAGGUCUUUGUUCGGAAAGAAAGAAGCACAUGCAAAGGAGAGUGCCUAUCAAUGAUCAAGGAUGCCGUUAUGUACAAGCAUGUUUGGAAAAUUGAAAACUUGUCAAAGUUAGAUGAGGAGAGCUACGACUCAGAAACAUUCAUCGCUGGAGACCAGAAAUGGAAGAUAGAGUUCUAUCCCAUGGGAAGAGACGACGGGAAGGAUAGCCAUCUUUCUAUUGAUUUGGCAUUGGCUGAUCCCACAUCUCUGUCUCCUACCUCUAAAUUAUAUGCACAGUUUACCCUUCGCCUCGUAGAUCCAGUGUACAGCCACCGUCACUUUGAAUAUGGUACUAAAGCUACUUGGUGGUUCAGUGCCUCCAGUCCGAAGCUGAGAGAAUUGAUAUCUUUGUAUGUAUAUGUGUAUUUUAACUUCAUACAGAACUAG